CGCACUGGGCCUGGCCAGGUCGCCAUUUUCUCUGCUUGUGUUUGUGGAGUUAUUUUCUUUCUGGCUUUGUUCGGCUGCUGCUCUGCUGCUCCCCUGAAAUAAAACCCAGGCGGGGCCGUGUAGUUUAAACACUAGAAGAGUGAGGAAAAUAAUCAUUGUGUGUUAACACAUUGAACCCUCAGCGCUUUACACGACGCUCCCGCCAUGAUGAUGGAGGACGACGGGCAGCCGAGAACCCUAUAUGUGGGAAAUCUCUCCAGGGAUGUGACGGAAGCCCUAAUUCUUCAACUUUUCAGUCAGAUUGGACCAUGCAAAAGCUGCAAAAUGAUUGUUGAGACUGGCAAUGAUCCAUAUUGCUUUGUGGAGUUCUAUGAGCAUCGGCAUGCAGCAGCAGCAUUAGCCGCUAUGAAUGGACGUAAAAUUAUGGGUAAGGAAGUUAAAGUGAACUGGGCAACAACUCCAAGUAGCCAGAAGAAAGACACAAGUAAUCAUUUCCAUGUAUUUGUUGGUGACUUGAGUCCAGAAAUUACCACGGAAGAUAUAAAAGCAGCUUUUGCACCAUUUGGAAGAAUAUCUGAUGCUAGAGUGGUUAAAGAUUUGGCAACUGGAAAAUCCAAAGGGUAUGGCUUUGUGUCCUUCUACAAUAAGUGGGAUGCUGAGAAUGCCAUUCAGCAGAUGGGUGGGCAGUGGCUUGGAGGAAGGCAGAUCCGAACAAACUGGGCAACCCGGAAGCCACCUGCACCAAAGAGUACAUCAGAACCAAAUACCAAACAGUUGUCCUAUGAAGAAGUUGUCAAUCAAUCUAGUCCUAGCAACUGUACCGUUUAUUGUGGUGGUAUAGCUGUUGGACUUACAGAGCAACUCAUGCGCCAGACAUUUUCACCCUUUGGACAAAUCAUGGAAAUUAGGGUGUUUCCUGAGAAAGGAUAUUCAUUUGUACGUUUUUCAUCACAUGAAAGUGCUGCGCAUGCUAUUGUCUCAGUCAAUGGAACUACCAUAGAAGGACACAUUGUCAAAUGUUACUGGGGAAAGGAAACACCUGAUGGAAUGGGACAAUUCCAACAACAAAACCAAAUGGGCUACCCUCAACCUUGGAGCCAGUUUGGCCAGUGGUAUGGAAAUACUCAACAAUUUGGGCAGUAUAUGCCUAAUGGCUGGCAAAUGCCACCAUAUGGAGUUUAUGGACAAGCUUGGAAUCAACAAGGAUUCAGAAUGGAUCAGACACCAUCCACUGCCGCCUGGAUGGGUGCCAACUACGGAGUUCAGCCUCCACAAGGUCAAAGUCCCAGUGUGAUAACCAACCAAGCAGGAUUUGGCAUGGCAGGCUACCAAACCCAGUGAGCAGAAAGGACUCUCUCUUCCUACCUAAAGCCAGUGGUUUCCUGCCACAGCGGACACGUCGAGCCUUUGUUUACUUAAAAGAUUUUUUUUCAAAGCCAGAUCAAUGAAAGAUGUCAACUGCAUUGUAUUUAUUUUAAAAGGAAAGCAAUUCAUUUUUAGAAAUCAUGGAAAUCUGUCUCAUCCAAGCUUCUGACUAAGGGUGCUGGAUGUCUGCCAAUUUUUGUGUCCAGUUUUCUUUGAGAUGUUUCAAACAAAAGUUACAAUCUAUUUCCUAUGGCCAUUGGAGAGUAUAAAUAAAAGCAGGGAUUUCUAAGUGAUUCUGCCACUUUUAUAAAAUGAGGCGGACAUAUUGCACAAUAUUAGAUGCUGUGUUUCUAUACAGACACUGGGCAGUUUAGUUUUGCAUUCCACAAAUUUGAUUUGAAACUGUAAAAUUAAAAACCUGUGUUUUCCACAUUUCUAUUGUACAAGGCCAUACUUUGUAAAAUUAGGUUGUUCAAAGAUACUAUGAUCCUUCAGAACGUGAAAAAUUGUAGAGUCCCUUGAGCUCUCAGCAUGUACACAGCAUAGUUUAAAGCAAUGACAUUCUCUAGUAAAAUGUUUAUUUCUGUGUUCCUUUGUUAUUUUGAAAUAGUAUUUUAAUCAUUUGAUUAAAGAAACCAAGUUAAAAACUUAGUGAUGUCAUAGUGAAAGCACUUCUGUGUGUUGGCUAGGAUUUGGGCUGUUCUCCCAGUAGUACCCAAGGCAUCUGUCUCCUGGGAGCAUAGUUUCUUGACCUUAGCAGUGCACAGAACAGUGGUGAUACACUUGGCACUGCAAAGACUGUCCUCAGGAGCUGGUUAAAGCUGACAUGGCCAGAGGUGAAGAUGAAGCAUAACUAUUACUAGAAGGCAUUUUAGGGAAUCAGCCUGCUUCCAAAAUUUGAAUUUGAGUUUCCAUUUUAAAAUUAAUACACAUUUUCAUUGUUUUUAUUAAUGAUGGCCACUGGCACAAUAACACUUGCAUCGUUUCUGCCAAAUUGUGUUUGACUGAAGGUGGUGGGUGCACGGGGAACCAGGACAAGGAAAGUCCCGACGCACUCAGAUCUGUGGCUGUUAUUUGUUUUUUCUUUCCAGAAUAUGCAAUUUGCAUGUAAAGAUGAUUAAAAUAUUCACAAACUCCACCGUUAACACAUGGCAGUUUUACUUCUGUUUUUUUUGUGUGUGUUUUUGAUGAUUGAUGAUUUCAAGAGGCUGAUGGUAGGAAUCAUUUCACUGUUGUGGUUGACAGUUGAUAUGUUGGCUUGUUGACGCAGCAGUGUCAUAAGGCUACAUUUUAUUAUAGGAGGUUGUGCAUCUCCACCCAACAGAUAAAGCCUGUGCACAUGAAUGGAAAUUGGGAGAGGGGUGGGAUGGGUGGGAAGGAGUGGUAGGUAAAAAUUUAAAUACACUUAGUGACAUGCCAGUAUGGCAGCUGCACCACUGGCUUCUUAACCAGGUAGUUGUGGGCUCUGUUACAUGGGCAAUUCUACGCAAACCAUGCAACAAAUUCAUCUGCCACAGUUGAUAUGUUUUGUCUGUUCUUGGCUAAGUCACUAUUUGGAGCACCUCAAACAAAAAAAGAUAGUUUUUAAUUAAAAAAUUUGACGUGUCUCUUCAGAGGGUGUUCAGAAUGUAGUAUAUACUAGUGUAAAUGAUCAGCUAUGCUCGCAAUAUUGGCUGCAUAUGCAUAAGAGGUACUGUAAAUGUAUUUUAUUGCAUAUCAGUUGUACAUUGGUUUUAAAAUGCUCUUUCCUAGGUUUGCGGGGGGAAAUUUGUGUUUUUCACCUAUUGUCUCCCAGACAGCACCAUGUCUCGGAGAGCCUUCCAGUUGUACUUUCUGCAGUCACAAAACUGAGAAGACUGCCAACGUCACAAGCUUUUCUUCAAUAUCGUCUUAAUGUGAUUGUAAUGUUUGCCUGGACUUCUGGAUUGAGUUGGGCUGUGUCAAUUCUACUGACUUCAACAUUUUAAUUGAUUAAACUUGAGACAACUGACUUGUUGUCAAAUCAGUUCAUACACAUCUGACUGGUGUACCUGCAGGAUCUGGUUUCUGAUCCUCUUGUGUAGAAUACUUGCAGUUGCAGCAUUGAAUCAAAUGUGAAACUGUUCUCUCUUUAAAAUAUGUUCACAAGACAACUUGUCUGUAUGUUGGACAAGAGAGUAUCCGGGCUGUCAGUGAUGUGCCCCAAAAUGAAAUGUUUGCAAAUCUUUUUGCUAGAAUAACUAUAUGCACAUUUAAAUUGGUUACUUAUUUUUAACCUGUUGGAUUGUUUCUUGUAAUAUUGUAUUUUACCUACCAAAAUGCAAAGUUGGUUGGCACAGCCCUGGGAGUUCAUGCAAAUUGUUCUUGGAGUGGUGUAUUGCACUGCAGAUUAACCAUACAGAACUGCUGGAUCAUUUUAUUUUUUAAAAGUCCCAAACUAGAAAGGGCUGGAAACUGUAUCCCUUUUUUGUUAACAUUACAAGGACUGGCACUUGAAAAAUAUGAUGUCAAAUUCUGUUAAUAUUAUGCUUUCAUUUGGUUAAAAUUUUUGAUGUGUAACUUUGACUUUUAUGCCUUCUCCUGUAUUAAAGUUCAAUGGAUGUUGAAGCUGUUGAAACAAAUGGAACAGAGGUCUUUCCAGGUUAUAGUAUUUGUUUCAGUUUCAUGUAUUUGUUUGGGUCCCUUCCUCUCCCCAUUCUACCCUCCAAGUUUCUCCCCACUUGCAUAUGCCCCACCUGCCAAGUUCAAGUACUGGACAGUGGUACAUGCCACCAUCUACCUUAAAGCUUAAUAUUCUUCAUAAGCUUGGAACUAAGUUUGUAAUAUGCAGGUUGGGACAUCUUUUGUCUGCACCUUGCAGAUUCAGCACUGUAGUCUCGGAAGGGAGUGGUGGAAUGGGGAUUUCAGUAUAUGUGUAUCCAGCAGCUUCCCUCGUCGUCAUUGGAAUGGGUGGUAGACUAACCUGUAGUUACAGGAACUGCAGAAUGAGCAAUGAGCAACAGUUGGGUAAGCGGGUUUUCAGGUCGAGAAGUUGUGAGAAUAAAUGCAGGCUAAACAGGCCAUAAGGGGAUAAAGUCUCUACUUUCUGUUUAAACUGCAUCUUCAUUAAAAUAAAACUUCACCUCAGGGGAUAUCUAUUCCAGGCAAAAAUCACAUGAACUUGGUUUGUGAAGGACCAAUUGACUUGCAUUCGGGUUUGUUAACUGCACGACCUUGUUGGUAUUAAAACUGUAGCAGUUAUUAACGGUCAAUAAAUAAAACGGUCAUUGGGC